UUACCACCAACAUGGCAACAAGAAGCCACGAUCCUAGCGUGGCCCAGAGGUACUUGUUACAAGACGACACGAAGUGCCAACGACGGCACGCGUACGACGACGCAACCGUAUCAAGCGCCAAAGCACUCCACCUCGCGACCACGCAGGUCAAACCGGGCGCGCCACCCGCGAUCAGCACGCCGUCCGUCCUCCACACCCGCGGCCGUCGUCGGGACUCGUGGGGCGCGCCAGUCAUAUACCAAACCCAAGCCAAGAAACAAACCAAGAAUCGUCGCCUCGCAGGCAGCUCGCACCUCGCAUUGCGUUGCCUUCUCCUCCACGACCAGCUAGCUCCCCCGUCCUGCCGCUCUGACCUGGCAGUGGCGACAUGUCCGCGUCGCCGGAGAAGACGGGGCCACAAACGGCAGAGGGGAAGCGGCAGCCGCGGCUGCACGGCGUCGUCGCGAUCCGGCUCCCGGGCAACCACGACGGGUGGCCCGCCUCCCCCAUGGACGAGGCGGCGGUCGCGUUCUUGGACCGCGCGGGGGCGGCCGACGUCGGCGACUCGGGGACUAGGGAGGAGGAGCUACGGGAGGUGUUCUCGCUGUGGCGCGCGGCGGGGGUGGUGCUGGCGCUCGCGGCGCUUGCGCUGGCCGGGCGCCUCUGCCUGUACGCGGACGAGGGCUCGGCCUGGCGGUUCUUGGUGGCGGGGGAGGAGGAGCAGGGCGACCGCGCGUCGUUCUUGCUGCCGCUGUACCCGAAGGCGCGCGGCGGCGGCGGAGUCAGGGCGGGGGCCAGCGGCCGCGCGGCGCAGAAUUGGACGGCUUCCGUGCUCCCGAUCACGGGCAAUGUGUUCCAGAACGGGCAGUACUACACUACGAUAUCGAUUGGCAAUCCUCCAAGGCCUUAUUUUCUUGAUGUGGAUACUGGGAGCGACUGGACAUGGAUCCAGUGCGAUGCACCGUGCAGAAGCUGUGCAAAGGGAGCUCAUCCUUUAUACAGGCCUGCACGAGGGAACAUAAUUCCUUCCAGUGAUUCAUUUUGUCAAGAAUUUCCAGGAAACCUAAAACCCGGUGGCACAGGCUCUCCCAACCAGUGCGACUACGAUCUCAUAUAUGCCGAUGGAAGCUCCUCUCUGGGCGUUCAUGCAAGGGAUAAUAUGCAACUCAUCACCGAAGAUGGUGAAAGGAAAAAUCUUGACAUUGUGUUUGGGUGUGGAUAUGAUCAGCAAGGAAAUCUUCUGGCCUCGCUAGCAAAUACUGAUGGAAUCCUAGGCCUUAGCGGCGUGACAAAAAGCCUUCCUGCACAGCUGGCCAGCAAAGGGAUUAUUUCCAAUGUUUUCGGUCACUGUAUGACCACAGAUCCCAGUGGUGGUGGUUAUUUGUUUCUUGGUGAUGAUUACAUUCCCAAAUGGGGAAUGACAUGGGUUCCUAUUCCAAAGCGUCCAGAUAAUAUAUACAGUACAGAAGUCCAGAAAGUAAACUACGGAGAUCAGCAUCACAGUAAGCGAGGGCUGGCAGGGAAGUUGACUCGCGUGAUCUUUGACAGCGGGAGCGAAUAUACGUAUUUCCCACGCGAAGCAUAUACAAACCUGAUUGCUGUGCUGAAAGAUGUCUCCCCGGGAUUUGUACAAGACGACUCAGAUAAUAUACUGCCUUUCUGCAUGAAAGCUGAUUUUCCACUGAGGUCUGUGAAUGAAGUGAAACAUUUAUUCAAGCCCUUGAGCCUGCAAUUUAAGAAUAGAUUGUUCAUCUUCCCCAGAACCUUCACCAUUCAUCCUGAGAACUACUUGAUCAUUAAUGAUAAGGGCAAUGUCUGCCUAGGGGUACUCGAAGGAACAGAUAUCUUAGGUUCAGCAAUACUACUCGGAGAUGUUUCUCUUCGUGGAAAGUUAUUUGUGUAUGACAAUGAUGAGAGUCAGAUCGGAUGGGUUCAGUCAGACUGCACCAACCCGCGCAAACAAAGCAAAAUUCCGCUCUUCCUCCGAAGAGCAUUGCGCAACCAACUUCUGUAAAUGUUACACAGAGACUACCUCGAGAUCACCUAACCAUGCUUGUCUUCAAGACGUACAAUUCUGAGUCUGAAGCUACCAUUGAGCCCUCCUCUUUAGGCAUAAUUGUAUGAAUGAAUGUAGUUAAUAGAUACGAAAAACGAGUAUGAGAUAAGGAGAAAAAGGGAAGGUAGAUAAAGCAUAGAUAGUAUGUUGUACCUCUGCUCGGUUGUACAUACUCCAAGAAGCAGUUCUGCAUAAUACGUUGUACGUUGUAGAGUGUAUAUCACUCACUUUGUAAGACUAAAGUGGUGAAGCAUAUCAAUGAAAAGUCAAUAGCAGUUACAACA